AUGGAAAAAGGCACAGAUGAUCAAGAGGAAAAAGGUAACUCUACAGACAAAAGGAACGCCCCAAGGAAAAAAUAUUCAAAAGAAGAGAAAAAGAACAUGGAAUGCUUUGUCUGCCGUAAGAAAGGACAUUUAUCCUACGAAUGCUGGUUCAACAAGAAUAACCAGAACAAAAAGGGUCAAAACAAAGAAGCUCAUGUGGUAGAAGAAGAAGAAUCCGAGUCAGAACCGAUAAAUCUUAUGGUUGCCACCAACACAAAGGAUACCGGGAUAACACAGAAUAUCUGGUACGUAGACUCCGGCUGUUCUAAUCAUAUGACAUAUAACAGGAACUGGUUGAUGAAUCUAGAUGAAUCCAAGAAAAGUAAAGUCAGAGUUGCCGACAACAGCACGUUGAAAGUAGAAGGGUCUGGAACUGUAAAAGUCAAAAGGAAGAAUGGGCAGCAUGCAACGCUUGAAAACGUUCUUUUCGUACCAGAGAUGAAGUGCAACCUUCUGAGUGUAGGACAACUGACAGAAAAGGGCUACACGGUCAUCAUGGGAGGUGAUGCACAGAUGGAGGUAUAUGACAAAGGUAAAAAUCUAAUUCUUAAAUGUGCAAGAUCAGGAAAUCGGACUUUUCAGGUUCGUCUGGACGUAGUUGAGGCAUUGCAGUGUCUAUCUUCUGUAAAAGAAGAUGAAACCUGGAAGUGGCAUCUGAGAUUCGGACACCUAAACUUCAAGGAUCUGCAACAACUGAGCAGCAAAGAGAUGGUAUCUGAGUUACCCAAUAUCACAUGA